CAGGGGCCUAAUGCUCGUACUCGAUAUCGAGUUGUUUCGAUAGAUAAUUUGAAUUCUUGGAUUACCGUAUCCGUGAUCGAAUAAAAUUUAUCGAUAUGUCGAAUAAAACUAUUCGAGUUUUUGCCCGCCACAUUCUACCUGUCGAGAACAAAACAAAACAGAAGAAAAACGAAAUGAGCACGAAUUGCAACAAAAUAAAUUUUAAGCAAAAGGCAAUUAUGGCAGAUUUUAUGUCUGACCACCCGGGACUUGCCAAAGGAAAAAUUUCGAAUUGUCCAGAAGGUAGAGCGUCAUCAAAUCGUUUGUGGGAGCAGUUGACAACCAAAUUAAAUGGAGCAGGACCACCCGUAAAGAAUGUCACCUUGUGGCGAAAGGUUUAUGCAGACCAAAAACAACAUGUUAAGAAGAAAUUAUCUUUUAACAAGGCAUCAAAGAAUCAGACAGGUGGAGGCCCAUAUGAAGAAAAACUCAUCACCCAAUCAGAAGAGCUGAUACUGGAAGCAGCAGGAUUAUCAGCGGCUGUAGAGGGGCUUUCUUCAGUCCAAAGUUUUGGUGCAAAAAAAUGUAAAAAUGCAUAUAUUAUUUUAUUUUAG